ACGCGGGGGGGGGGUGGAGGAGAAGCGGAGUUUGCGACGUUACGUAGCCGCCAUUUUGUUUCACCGGGAGUAAAGAAGCCAGCCUGGGAGCCCCGGCGUGAAAAUUUCCCCUCAUUCGGACCACCUAAAUUACGGCGGAGCUGCAUCGUGCACCCAAAUUCAGAUUCGCAUGAUGUCUGAAGACAUGGCCACAGAUCACGUUAACGGGAACGGGACGGAGGAGCCGAUGGACACUACAGCCGAGGUGACCCACUCGGAACACUUCCAGGCUUUACUGGAGGCAGGUUUACCUCAGAAGGUCGCUGAGAAGCUGGAUGAACUUUAUGUAGCAGGCCUGGUAGCACACGGUGACCUCGAUGAAAGGGCUAUUGAGGCUUUGAAAGAAUUCAACGAAGAUGGAGCCCUGCAAGUGUUGGUGCAGUUCAAAGAGAGCGACCUGUCACAUGUGCAGAAUAAAAGUGCCUUUCUCUGUGGGGUGAUGAAGACUUACAGACAGAGAGAGAAACAAGGGACUAAAGUUUCAGACUCCAUCAAAGGACCAGAUGAGGCUAAAAUCAAAGAACUCCUCGAGAGAACCAGUUACACGCUUGAUGUUACAACCGGCCAGAGGAAAUACGGCGGACCCCCGCCAGAGUCGGUGUACUCGGGUUCUCAGCCCCCUGUCGGCACAGAGAUCUUUGUUGGGAAGAUUCCCCGCGAUCUGUACGAAGACGAGCUGGUUCCUCUGUUUGAGAAGGCCGGUCCGAUCUGGGACCUUCGGCUAAUGAUGGAUCCGCUGAGUAGCCUGAACAGGGGCUAUGCCUUCAUCACGUUCUGCAGUAAAGAGGGGGCCCAGGAGGCCGUGAAGCUGUGCAAUAAUCAUGAGAUUCGCCCUGGCAAGCACAUUGGGGUGUGCAUAUCUGUUGCCAACAACCGGCUAUUUGUUGGUUCAAUUCCCAAGAGUAAAACAAAGGAACAGAUUGUUGAAGAGUUUUCCAAAGUCACAGAGGGCCUGAGUGAUGUCAUACUGUACCAUCAGCCCGACGACAAAAAGAAGAACAGAGGCUUCUGCUUCUUAGAGUAUGAAGACCACAAAACGGCUGCUCAGGCCCGUCGCCGGCUAAUGAGUGGCAAGGUGAAAGUUUGGGGCAACCUCGUGACCGUGGAGUGGGCAGAUCCCAUUGAAGACCCUGACCCAGAAGUCAUGGCCAAGGUGAAGGUUUUAUUUGUGAGAAAUCUCGCUAACGGCGUCACGGAGGAACUCCUGGAGAAGUCCUUCAGUGAGUUUGGAAAGCUGGAGCGAGUGAAGAAGCUCAAAGACUACGCCUUCAUUCACUUUGAGGAGCGGGACGGUGCGGUGAAGGCACUGGAGGAAAUGAACGGGAAGGAGUUGGAGGGAGAGCCAAUCGAGAUAGUGUUCGCCAAGCCGCCUGAUCAGAAAAGGAAGGAGCGCAAAGCCCAGAGGCAAGCGGCCAAAACACAAAUGUACGACGACUAUUACUACUACCCUCCCCCUCCCCACAUGCCCCCUCCCAGCAGAAAUCGGGGUCGAGGAGGGAACCGAGGCGGCUACACCUACCCUCCUGACUACUACGGUUACGAGGACUACUAUGAUUACUACGGCUAUGACUAUCACAACUACCGCGGCGGCUAUGAUGACCCCUACUACGGGUACGAUGACUUCCAGGCCCCAAGCCGGGGGCGGGGUGGCAGCAGGGGCGCGCGGGGCGGAGCCUCCCCGGCCAGAGGACGCGGCGGCUCGGGGGCACCCAGAGGGAGGGCAAACUUCUCCCAGCGCGGCGGGCCGGGACCAGGCCGUGGCGGGCGCGGCGCAAGAGGAGGCGUGCAGCUGAGAGGGCGAGGAGGGGUACGUGGUGCACGGGGUGGCCGCGGUGGAAAUGUAGGAGGAAAGCGCAAAGCUGAUGGGUACAACCAGCCAGAUUCCAAGCGUCGCCAGACCAAUAAUCAGAACUGGGGCUCUCAACCCAUUGCUCAGCAACCGCUCCAAGGUGGUGAUCAUUCUGCAGGAAAAAGGGGGCGAGGCUGGUCCUGAUGUGUUGCUAUGAGGACUGACGGCGACGCACGCUGCAGGCUUCGGUGGAUGAAAUGGUAAGGUCAGCUGACUCAAUGGUCCAAUGGUUGUCCAGCCUUUUAUUUUAUUUUAUUUUUUUCUUAUUUUUAAUGUAAAGGAGGAAGGUUUUUUUUCAUUUUGUUUUUGAUCGUCUUCGAACUGCCAUGUUUGAAGAUGAUCAGAAGAGUAAACCACACCUCCUUCAACCCUAAGACAGCCAUGUGAGAUGUACUGAGGUCACGAUGGAUAUCCUUCUGGAAAAGGCUUUGCACUUUUUUUUUUUUUUUUUUUUAAUUGGAGUGGUGCAGUGGGACUUGUUGUUUCUGAGUUUUUGGACUGAGACGUGUGAGGUGCCGUCACCUGGGUCUCGCAGGAAAACUGGUUCACGAGCUACCUCGGUUUCACGGAAACGCCUCGGAUCACCUACUUGAGGAAACUGAGACAGGGCUCGAGCCUCUCCGGCCUUGCAGCAGAGCACUUGAUUUAAUUGAGGUUCUUGCUGAGACCUGGCACCGGCCGGUCCUGUGGGAGCGAGCCUGAACAUGCCUUUUUUGCUGUCUUUGUACAUGAACUGAGUGACAAUGAAGUUAAUGGACAGAUUUUGUCUUUUAUUUGUAAGGCCUGAAAACCACAGCCCUCCUCCUCUUCAUGUCUUCCACAGCCUGACCCGACAGCUGUCUUUACUACAGAUUUAGGAUGUCAUGUGAGAUCCUGCCAGGUCUGGGAGAAAAUGGGUUACAUGUUUUGCAUUGUAUGUAUGCCUCUGUAGACUAUCAUGCCAUGUGUGUAUGUGCUUGUGAGAAAUUUACCUGUGGUGUUGACUCAUGUCUUCUCACUGGUGUGAGUGUAAAGGAGAAAUCCACCGCUGGCUGCUCAGUAUUUGGAAGGGUGGGAGUUUAGGGCUCGUUUUGAUUGAGAGGAAAAUGACCAACCAAAGAACCUGAAAGUAGUUUUAACACUUCGUUGGAUCAACUCUGGAUAUUUGGUUUUAUACUCCUGCGAUUUAAAACUGGUUAAAAAGAGUAAAAAUAUAGUCAGACAUGUUGAAGUGAGAGUAAAACAUUUUAACAUCUGUCUGUUCUUUCAGCGUUAAAUGUUGGAGGGAAACGCAGACUUUGGUCUGUGGUUUUAUUUGAAUGAAAAGAAGAAAAUGAAUUUCUUCAGAGGAUAAAAGUUAAAAGAAAUAAGUUUUUAUGCUCUCAAUGUCAGAUAAAGGCUUUUUUUUAAAUUUAUUUAUUUAUUUUUUCAUUUUUUUUUUUUUAACACCGACAGCCGUAAAAGGCCACUGCAGUUAUGUCGUCACGCCACUCGAACAAGGAGACGUAGAUUUGGCCCAUAGAGCCUGUGUUCCUGUAUUUCUUUUUUAAAAAUUUUUUUUAAAAACAUUUUAAAUGUGUUCUGCAGGAAUACUCGCAACUCGUUUUCCACUUGAUGUUUCUGUUAAAAUACUAUAUUUUGAAAAUAUUUAAUAAAAGGGGUGAUGCCUUCCCCCCUCCCCCCCUUUUCAUCUUUUGUAGAAACACCCAUAAGUCAGUGUUUUUAAAAGCACUCGUCUCUAAACACGUAAACAUCUGUCAUCCUUUAGAGCUUAAAUUUUAAUUGAGUAUGUAGCAUCUGCUCUCACGAGAGAUAUGAUCUCUGAGCAUAAAAGUUGAAAUGUAUACUUCUAUGGCAUCGAUAAACUCUGCUUUUAUGGUGUUGCACCAGUUUGAGCAUUUUCAAUAAUUUCAGAACUUUUAAUAAUGAAAAUAUAAUGAAUGAAUAAUUAAAUUAUUUUGUUUAGAAACUCGUUUGGAGGGGAAUGGUUUGGUCACUAGGUUUUGGUGAUGUUAGCCCCACCAUGACACUUUCAUCUUUGUUCUACCUCGCACAGAGAGAUCAAUCACUCUGAUCGAUUAGUAGAAAGAAAAGGACGAUCUGUUACACGUCCCUUUUAAAGUAGAGGAAUAUUGGGAGAUAGGCGGCUCCAGAGUCGAUGCAUUGUGGCCUUUGGAAGGACGAUGUGAGGUUGGAUUUCUCCUUUAAGCUCCUUUCAGUGCAUUUUUGUGUCUCUGCCUUGUGUUGUGACCUUUGACAUGAGCCCAGAGUCUUGGUCUCAUGUUGAGCUUUGUCCCAUCUCUGAGGGCUGUGCUGCUGCCGCCACCGCCUCCUCUGUGGGGGGAAAAAUAGAGCCACAUUAGUGUUUGUUUCCACGUUAGACCAGACUUGAUUUUAUGGGUCAACAAUGUGUUUUUGUUUGUUUUUGCUAACGAGUGUAUUUGCAGUUUGCAGAUGAAUUGUUUUAUACUGUACAGCGAGGUGAUGUAAACCUAUUUUUCUAAUAAAGCCAUGGACUUUGAA